CGCGGCUUUCGCUUUGCCGCCGCGGCUGGGCGGGCGGGCGGGCGGCGGCGGGGCUUUCCUCUCCGCGCUCCCCCGGGCACCCCCGCAGCCCGCGGCCCCGAUGCCGAGGCAUGGAUAGAGUGGCGCCGCGCGCUGCGGCGAUGGGGGAGAAGAAGGAGGGCGGGGGCGCGGCGGCCGGCCGGGCGCUGCAGCAGUGCGGCCAGCUCCAGAAGCUCAUCGACAUCUCCAUCGGCAGCCUGCGAGGGCUGCGCACCAAGUGCGCCGUGUCCAACGACCUCACCCAGCAGGAGAUCCGGACCCUGGAGGCCAAGCUGGUCCGUUACAUCUGCAAGCAGCGGCAGUGCAAACUGAGCGUGGCUCCCGGCGAGAGGACCCCAGAACUCAACAGCUACCCUCGCUUCAGCGACUGGCUCUACACCUUCAACGUGAGGCCAGAGGUGGUGCAGGAGAUCCUCGGCCAGCUGACGCUGGACGCCCUGCUGGAGAUGAACGAGGCCAAAGUGAAGGAGACGCUGCGGCGCUGCGGGGCCGGCGCUGAGGAGUGUGGCCGCCUGCAGUCGGCCCUCACCUGCCUGAGGAAGGUGACAGGCUUGGGAGGGGAGCACAGAGAGGACUCCACCUGGAGUGCGUCAGAUGGCCGGCGGGAAAGUGGCUCAGGGCCCCAUGUGGACACCCUCUCCCCGGCCAGCCUGGCCUGGCCUGCGGGGAGCUCCCAGCUGGGCAGACCGGUCGGCGGCGCCCAGGGCCCACGCUCCGUGUCCGUGUCAGCCCUGCCCGUCGCGGACUCCCCGCUCCUUGGCCUCGGCGAGGGCGUCUCCGACAGCUGCGUCUCGCUGCACGCGGGCGGGCGGCUGACGCCCCGCGCCCUGCACCACUUCAUCACGCCCCCGACCACGCCCCAGCUGCGCCGGCACGCCAAGCUCAAGCCGCCGCGGACGCCACCGCCCCCCAGCCGCAAGGUCUUCCAGCUGCUGCCCGGCUUCCCUACGCUCACCCGCAGCAAGUCCCACGAGUCGCAGCUGGGCAACCGCAUCGACGAGGUCUCCCCCAUGAGGUUCGGUGAGUGUGACUCAUUCUCAGCCCUGUGCCACCACGAGGCGUGUUUGCAUGGCUGUCCCUGUCGGCGCGGAGUCCCGUCACCCUCUCGGUCCUCUCGGCCUGCCCCAGGCCGCCAGCCGAGGUGCCAGAGGGCCUGGAGCAGCUCGGGGACAGGUGGCUGUAAGACGACAGACCUCCCGCAGGGAUCCCCGCAGAUGGUACGAAGGGACAUCGGACUGUCGGUGACGCACAGGUUCUCCACCAAGUCCUGGCUGUCCCAGGUCUGCCACGUGUGCCAGAAGAGCAUGAUGUUCGGAGUGAAGUGCAAGCACUGCAGGUUGAAAUGUCACAACAGGUGUACAAAAGAAGCCCCCGCCUGCCGAAUCUCCUUCCUGCCACUCCCCAAGCUUCGGAGGACAGAGUCUGUCCCUUCGGACAUCAACAACCCUGUGGACCGACAAGCAGAACCCCACUUCGGAACUCUCCCCAAAGCACUGACAAAGAAGGAGCACCCGCCGGCCACCAACCACCUGGACUCCAGCAGCAACCCGUCCUCCACCACGUCCUCUACGCCCUCCUCCCCCGCGCCCUUCCCGACCCUGUCCAACCCCAACAUCGCCUUCACGUCGCCCAACCCCUCGCCAGGCCAGAGGGGCAGCCACUUCAACUUCCCAGCUGCCUCCUUCAUUCAUCAUAGACAGCAGUUUAUCUUCCCAGACAUUUCUGCCUUCCCACCGGCGGCCCCGUGCCCUGACGCAGUGGCGGACGGCACCCGGCCCGACAGCGAGAUGCAGGCUGACAUGUUGGAGGACCAGGAUGUUGAGCCUGACGAGGAGCCCGAGACGGGCAAGUCGGAGGCUGAGGAUGACGAGGACGAGGUGGACGACCUGCCCAGCUCCCGGCGAGCCUGGCGCGGCCCCAUCUCCCGCAAGGCCAGCCAGACCAGCGUGUACCUGCAGGAGUGGGACAUCCCCUUUGAGCAGGUGGAGCUGGGCGAGCCCAUCGGGCAGGGCCGCUGGGGCCGGGUGCACCGUGGCCGCUGGCACGGCGAGGUGGCCAUCCGCCUGCUGGAGAUGGACGGCCACAACCAGGACCACCUGAAGCUGUUCAAGAAGGAGGUGAUGAACUACCGACAGACACGGCACGAGAACGUGGUGCUCUUCAUGGGCGCCUGCAUGAACCCCCCGCACCUGGCCAUCAUCACCAGCUUCUGCAAGGGGCGGACUUUGCACUCAUUUGUGAGGGACCCCAAGACGUCUCUGGACAUCAACAAGACCCGGCAGAUCGCCCAGGAGAUCAUCAAGGGCAUGGGCUACCUGCACGCCAAGGGCAUCGUGCACAAGGACCUCAAGUCCAAGAACGUCUUCUACGACAAUGGCAAAGUGGUCAUCACGGACUUCGGGCUGUUCGGGAUGUCGGGGGUGGUCCGUGAGGGCCGGCGAGAGAACCAGCUGAAGCUGUCCCAUGACUGGCUGUGCUACCUGGCCCCCGAGAUCGUGCGGGAGAUGACGCCCGGGAAGGACGAGGACCAGCUGCCCUUCUCCAGAGCCGCUGAUGUCUAUGCAUUCGGGACCGUUUGGUAUGAGCUGCAGGCGAGAGACUGGCCCUUCAAGAUCCAGCCGGCUGAGGCCUUGAUCUGGCAGAUUGGAAGCGGCGAGGGAAUGAAGCGCGUGCUGGCCUCCGUCAGCCUGGGGAAGGAAGUCACCGAGAUCCUGUCCGCCUGCUGGGCAUUCGAGCUGCAGGAGAGGCCCAGCUUCACCAUGCUCAUGGACAUGCUGGAGAAGCUGCCCAAGCUGAACCGGCGACUGUCCCACCCGGGCCACUUCUGGAAAUCCGCUGAGUUGUAGCCUGGCUGCCUUGCAUGUCCAGGGGCUUCCUUCCUCCUAAUCGACCACCCAGCGUGGCCACUUCUGCUCAGACGCACGCUGAGACGCGGGCACUAACCGGGGCGCCGGGCGCUGUCGCUCCAGCCUUCUCCCCUGAGACUCCUUCUCUUGCUUUGUUUAUACCACUGACCCUUUCCCGCGCCCGGCCUGCGUGUGCCUGAGUCACUGACCCCUCCCCAGGCAGAGCUGGGAUCGCCACCCUGGCGGGACUGACCUUGUGCGGGCUCGGCUUCUGCGGGGUAUUCUGACAUGUGUUCCUGACUGACUCCUUACUAACCCUUCGUGAGACGCAUCCCGCUGACCUGAGCACGGCGGCCUCCGGCCUUGGCGUCCGCAGGACGGGAGGGGUUUGGCGUGGCCGGGAGCCAGCCCGCAUCUUGUCCAGCGAGGAGUGGAAUGAUUUCACAGCCACCUGGAGCCAGCCCCCUCCUGCCAGGCACAGUGCAUCCUGUGGCCCAGAAAGAUGCCAGCUUUGUGGGGCCAUGGGCUGGGGCCCCGCCAUCCACUCCCAGAGGACGGCCUGUCUCCAGCUUCACCAAUGGGAGCCCAGCUUCCACCUCUUCCGCCACCCGAAGGCGCCUGCUGACUCUCCUGACCCAGGCAGCCAGAGCAAGCCUGACCCCAAUGGCUCCCAACAGUCCCCAGCCAAUGGAGGCUCUGGCCACCCCAGGCCCGACGCCCAAACUUCUGGAAGCAGGCUCUGGUCGUCCUGAACAUCAGCCCAUUUCUCAGAUGAUUUCCCCAGUCUAGGCUUCCUGCCAUCUGGGGAACAUUUCCCAAAGGAGACUGGCACUCCCACCCCAUGCUGGGGCCCAGGUCCCCAUGCGCCCCCCCCCAGCUACACAGAGCCAGCCUGGGUCCAGGCAGCGGGAGGCGCACAGCUCCCCCAGAAGGCCAGAGUAGUUCCAGGGGGUCCGUAUGCUGGGCUGGGCCGAGGCCGCUUGACUGGGCAGCCUUUCUCGCUUACUGGGGUCCGGGUCCUCUGCGCUUCAGCGGGCAGCCCUGCUUCCUAGCGAAUGCCGCCCAGCCGCAGAGGGCACCCGGCAGGUAUGUAACUCUUGUUGUUUCUGUUCCUCUUUGCAGCAUGAGCAGCAGCAAGGUGGCGCCCCGCUUUGAAAGGUUUGGCCUGGGCAUCCUGGAGUCCACAAACCCAAAGAUGUAGCCAGCCGGGCAGUGCCUCUCCCGGCUCCUUUCCCCUUUAAACGUAUUUGUAAGACACCCAGACACCUACCGAGAUGACUGCGGGGCACCACCCUCUGCACCACCCUCUCCGACUCCUCAGUGGACGUGGAGCCACACCCCCGGCCCAGCGGUGCCAUACCUGCAUGCCAGGAGUGAGGCCUGCGCCAGCGUUUACAUGAGUGUCCCGGCAGGCGAGCGUGCUGGGCCCGGGGGGCAUGGAGGGGGCCACGCUGGGCCCCGAGCAAGGAAAGAAAGCCUCCUGAUGGUGUUUUGUCUUAGAGUCACAUGGACACCCAUGGGUUCCGACUGCCUCUGCUCCAAUGCCCCGUCACUGGGGCACCUUCCCCAGAUUCUCCCUUGGUCCUUCCCAUGAUUUGUCCCUUCCUCCAUCAGGGCCGGGGUGCCCUGCCCCCGGAACCCAGCUGGAUUGGGGGUGAGGAGUUCCCCAAGAACUCCACCCCACCCCGCUCAUACCUGCAGGAAAGGUUGAGACAGAACCAGUAACAUGGGGACUGAUGCAGGGGGCAGGGCCGGGCCGCUGCAGGGAGAGACGUUUCCCGUAGCCUCAGAACAGCACCACAAAAGAGACACAAACGAGUCCUGGCAUGUGCCCCCAGAACCGUGGCCCAGAUCUCUCCCUGGAAGGUUUGGUGGACAGCUUGGCCCCCGUCCCCCCACCACCCACAUUCAGGGGGCCCUGCCCAUGUUGACCACAGGGAGUCAUUCACCCAGAGCCUUGAGCUGAGCCGAGGGUCUGAAGGGGCCUCGCCCCUCUCAUCUGCUGGCCCUGCAAACCCACAGACCUUCAGAGCAUAGCCAAGCACCAAGCUGGGCCUCUUUAAUAUCUGUUGGAACCAGCAGGAGAGGCUGGUUUGGGGUAUUUUGUGGGCGAGAAGCUUCUGUCCCCUGGAAAAGCAUUCUCGGCCCCAGAGCGCCUCGUAGCCCGUGGGAGGCCCGGGGCCCAUCCCCACACCAGAAGAGAGACAUAGAGGCAAGAAGGCCCCAGAACCAGGGAGGGUGCCAGGAGUGACAGGAGGUGAAGGCGGACUCAGCCCGCUCUGCUCCGAGCUGCCCUGGGGGACAGGUACAUCCAGAAGCUCCCUGGAGUCAUGUCAGAACAGUCUAGAACACAGACCGUGGGCGUCUGAGCAGGCGUCCCAGGGUCUCGAGACUCCCAGCUGAGAUGGGCCCAUUCCCUUCUCCCCGCCAGCCCUCCGUGGCCUCCCAUCACCACAGAGACGUGCCAUCUGUCCGCCACCUUGGUGCAGUCGGCUCCAGGAUUCGAGAGGUCACGGUGGGCUGUCUACUCCCACCCCUGCCCGGACACACAUACAGGCCCCCACCUCCAAAACCACAGCCUGCGGGGGGAGCCCAGGGCCGGAGGUUCCUCCCAGCAGCCCCUCAGCCCCAGGCCGUGAUGCAGGUUUAGCAUUUUACAAGCCGCUCAACUCUGCCUUGUGCACAUGUUGUGGACCCAGGGACCGAGCAGUCACAGCCCCUCAGGAACAACACCUCCUGCGCGUGAGAUCUGCCAGGAGCCCGCCAUGGAGCCGUGGGGCCGGGACCCUGGUCCUCUCUGGGCCCAGGUCGCCUCCUGCAGCCCACUGGGCCCCGGCCUGCUGUUAUUUUCAUUGGGAGGAGGCAGAGCACACCGGCAUGUGUGUGAGAGGCCCUGGGUGCCAGGGAGCCCCCCCAACACACACACACACACACACACACAAGCUCAGAAGGUAGCGUUUGGGGCCUGGCAGACUCGGGCCUACAACAUGUGAGGGGCCUGCAGGAACCUUGUGCCACCUGGUCCUCCAGGCACCUGAAGGUGUGACCCCCACCCCCAGACUGAAAGUCACCUGAAGCGCCUUGCUCUGCUCAGCGCCCUCUCUGCUGCUCAAGUGACUGUGAAUAAAGGCGCGGGGACAAGCUGGUCCUUCACACGCCCGCGGCAGCACUCGAGGCCGGCACAUACUGUGAAUUCAACGCCUGCCGCUCACCCUUGUUGAGGGUGGGAGACGCAGGCUGAAAGGGCUCCUUGGUGAUGGUCGGGGAGACCCCCCCCUCCGCACAGUUCCCAGCCUCAGAGCCCUAGGUGUGCCCUCAGCGCCUUCAGCCCCCAGAGCCCCGGCCCCAAGCUUACAUCCAACUCAGACUUGGGGUCCUAACGAGUUUCUAGCCAGUGGAGAGCCGAGUGGCCUGCGGGGGCACCGCCGGGUCAAAGGGGUCCCCCCAGCCCCCUCAUGGUGUUUUCUGAGCUCACAAUGGUGUUCUCUAUGGGGUCGGGGGGCCAGGAGAGCCCUGUGAAGUGGGUGGUAUGUGGGGGCCAGCACGUGGGCAAACACAGCAUCUUUCGCAGCCGCACGGCGCACACUUGCUGUCCUGAAUGUGAUGUAAAAUUUGUACAGUAAAAGUUUUUAUAUUUUCUAUCAACUGCAUUUGUCUUCCAGAAAUGCUAUUAAUUUAAAUUAAAAUGAUUAGUAUUAACGAG